AUGACACCAAAGCAUACGUCCUCUCCGGGCAACGAGUUCUCAUCGGGCGAGCCCCCAAUGCGCAUGCCGCACCUCGAGUUCAUAUACCGGAUCGUGGCAGAGAUGGAUCCAGGGGCAUCUCCAAUCCCAAACGUCCACGGCACCGGCAUCUCACGCAUAGUGCUCCCAAUCACUGGCGGUACGGUGCGAGGGCCGCAGAUCAAAGGCGAAAUUUCACCAACCAAGCUCAAUGCUCGUUAUACACUCAAGACCGACGAUGGCCAUUUCAUCUUGGUCAAUGCCGUGGGGACCGUGACGGGAGGACCACCUGUGGAGGGCGCAGAGGGCGCUUGGCCACCUGCGCAAGGCAAGCCUUUGACUAUUGCGCAGGAUCAGGCGGAGUAUUUCACGCAGAUCACGUUCGAGGCAGCUGGCGGAAGUCCGUAUGAGUGGAUGAACUCGGUGGUCGCCGUGGGAGUGAUGAUAAUGGCCGAGGGGAAGCCGAUUAUUGACUGCUACCGGCUGACAAAUUUUCCGGGGACGGGGACGGCGCACCUCUGA